GCAGACAUAGGGUCAAAUCCAUGUCUCUGAUUGGCUUAACAUGCACAUGAUUAAUCACAUGACCACAUCAAAUGUUACUGAGUAGUAGGAGUUCUUGUUCUUCACUUCAGCAAAGCACUUAUUCACACACUGUAUACCACAGGCUCUGGUCCCUUGGUGGCAGUAUCUGCCCUGAUAUUUGCUUUGUGAUUGUGCUGAUUCACUCAAUAUUUGCAUUUUCACUGGAUUUUCCCUUGAACUUUGGAGCAGCAGAAAUGCACACAUGAUGUGAGAGAGGAAGCAGCGGGAGACACAAAAGGCUGCAGCCAUGAUUACCUCAGUUGUAUCAUGACACUUCAAUCAUGCUGUAACAGACACAACAGAGGAACCACAAGUCCGUCAGUGGGGUGAGAUAAAAAGUCUGUAACCAAUCAAACCUGUAAGCUUCACUUCAUGGUCAAACACAAUGCACGUGGGGGAAUGAAACUCUACACCUCUCUGUUCCUCAUUUGCAGUGUGGACUCCACCCUGUAGCUUCUUUCUCUUCCAGGGAAGGGGAGGGCAGUGACUGCGUGUGUGGGUGUAUCACUGGUUGCAUGUCAGUGCUGAAGGGGCGUAGAGCUUAGACUGAAACUAUAGGCUUUGACUGUCGUUCACAUCCUCUAGGUGUGGCUUUCCAGGCUCUUCAGACUGAUCCAGGAACUACUGGCUGACAUAAGUGGCUGAGCCAGUUCUUUCCAGAGAGUAUAAGAGAGUGGAAGUGAAGCCAGGCUGACAGAGAGACACUGAAGACAUGGCAGAUACAGCAGUUAAAAAAGCAGCUCCCAUCUCCAAACAGCAGAAGCUGUGCGCUGUCUGCUCAGGUGCGCUGAGCGGAGACAAGCCGGCAGCCUGCGCCCACUCUGUUUGUGGCUCCUGUCUCGGGGACAAAAGUAAAGGAUGUCCUGAAUGUCUGCAGAGCUCAGACAAACCCAAACUUGCUGAUGGUCCCAAACAGAACGGAACAGAUGCUGAAGCUCCUCAGAUCAAGAGCAAAGAAGAGCUGGACCCUAAGGCAGCAGGGGAAAUCAAAAUCCAAGAAGAUCUGAAGGAGUCUGAGGACCCUAAAAAGCCUGUGGAGGAGAAGAAAGAGGGGAAACCACAGACAGAUGUAGAGGUGAAAAAUGGAGCAAAAGAGGAGGUUAAAGAAGAGAAGGAGGUGAAGGAGGAACCUUUGGGCCCCGACGACGUGGUGUGCGACUCGUGUUUCGAGAGCCCCUGCAGGGCCCUCAAGUCCUGCCUCACCUGCCUGGUGUCAUACUGCGAGGCCCACCUCCGGCCUCACCUGGAGAACCCAAAGUUUCACAACCAUCGGCUGGUGGAGCCGCUCAGGGACAUUGAGAGGCGGACCUGCGAGAGCCACAAGUGGCCCCUGGAGCUUUUCUGCAUCGCUGACGCCUGCUGUGUGUGUCAGGACUGUGUGACGGAGGAGCACAAGGGCCACAACACCGUACCUGUGGUGGAGGCUCGCAGUCAAAUAGAGAGGGAACUGAGUGAGAAGCAGACUGAGAUGGUGAAGACGGUUACAGCAGCAGAAAACGCCAUCAACAAACUCCAGCUCAACACAGUCUCUAUUGAGAAUUCGGUGACAGAGGUGCGAGCAGUGAUUGAGAGCCAGUUCGAGGAGCUGCAGGCAGUGAUGGAGAGGGCAAAGCGGGAGGUGACGGAGAUCCUGGAGUGCGAGGAGAAGCAGGCGCUGAGGCAGGCCGACGGCAUCCGGGUUCACCUGGAGCAGAGGUGCACGGAGCUGAAGAAGACACAGGCGCAGGUGGAGAAGCUCUCCAAGAACAAAAACGAUGUGGAUUUCUUACAGGAGUAUUCAGAGUGGAAGAAAGAAGCCACUGAUAUCUCUCUGCCCGGGGUCUCCAUCGGCCUCAUGGACCGUCUCAAUUCCUUCAGCCGCGUGAUCGUUGCUUCCACGCAGGAGCUGUGUGCCAUGCUUGUGUCUUCCUACAUAGAGAAAGUUAAAGAGACAUGCAAGAAUGACAAAAUGGGAAUAAAGACAACAGUUCAUGAGAUUGUUGCAGCAAAACAGAACAUGACUAUACCCGAUCCAGUGUCACACGCUGACUUCCUCAAGUAUGCCUCCAACGUGAGUUUCGACGCUGACUCCACUCACAAGUUCCUGCGGCUGACCGAAGAAAACAAAAAGGUGACUAACACCACGCCCUGGCAGCAUCCUUACCCGGAUUUACCUGAGAGGUUUGAGAACUGGCGCCAAGUCCUGGCAACAGAGAGCUUCUAUCUGGGGCGGCACUACUUUGAGGUAGACAUCAGUGGCGAGGGCACGCACAUCGGUCUGACCUACAAGAGCAUCGACCGCAAGGGCAACGAGAGCAACAGCUGCAUCACGGGAAACAACUUCUCCUGGUGUCUUCAGUGGAACGGCCGCACCUUCUCAGCCUGGCACAGCGACGUGGAAACCCCUCUUAAUAUGGAGAAGUUUACUCGUAUCGGGGUUUAUGUGGACUACUCGAGAGGCCUCCUGGCUUUCUACGGUGUGGAUGACACCAUGACGCUCAUCCAUAAGUACAAGGCAGAGUUCCUGGAGCCUAUUUACCCGGCUUUCUGGUUGUCUAAGAAGGAAAAUAUCGUCGCCUUGGUGGCACCAGGGGAGCCAUUACGGCUCAAAAGCCCCUCUCCUCCCACCUCACCUGAAAAUGGAUCUAUUGUUUCAAAAAUCGCAGCAAAGCAAUGAUAAGAAGUCCGUUUUUCCUAGAUCCUUUGAGUGACAAUUCAACAAUAUGUUGUGUCAAAUGUUGGUCUCCCAACAAUAGACUUAUUAUCUGAAACAAUAUGGACAGUCUUCUCUUCUUAAACCUGUUUUCAGCAGCAUAUUAGUUUGAUAAAUGUUGAAUGUUUAUUUCAUGUAUAUUUGGGCUCAAGUCAUAUUUAUACUAUUGUAGGGGAAUACUGUUACUUUUCAUCCCACUGUGAAUUCAGAGAUGUUCUAUAUUUUCUUUAUGCAAAUAAAAAUGUUUAUCUUCAUUUGCAAAAUAAAAAGUGUUUUUAUUCACA